GGAGGCCGCGAGGGAGGGAGCACGAGCGAGGAGGCACGCGCCCGCCGGUCCGCACCCGGCCCGCCGCAGCCGCCGCCGCCGUCGCCGUCGCCGCAGCAGCCAUGGCCGAGCGCCGCGCCUUCGCCCAGAAGAUCAGCAGGUUCAAAGUGGGCUUGUGCGUCCAGGAUUGAAAACGUGUGGACAGAAUGAAAAGUUGAGAGCUGCGGGCUGCACCUUCGGUGUGCAGCUGCCGAAUCCCUGACGGAUUGCAGGCUGAAGCUUGUUAACGGUGGCAGCCGAAGUUAGGAAGCAGAUCUCCGGACAAUAUAGUGGUUCUCCCCAACUGCUCAAAAACCUUAAUAUUGUUGGCAAUAUAUCCCAUCACACCACAGUGCCCCUUACCGAAGCAGUAGAUCCAGUGGAUUUGGAAGAUUACCUCAUUACUCAUCCUUUGGCUGUGGAUUCUGGGCCUUUACGGGAUUUGAUUGAAUUUCCUCCAGAUGAUAUUGAAGUUGUUUAUAGUCCUCGGGACUGCAGAACUCUUGUUUCAGCUGUACCUGAAGAAAGUGAAAUGGAUCCACAUGUUAGAGACUGUAUAAGAAGUUAUACAGAAGACUGGGCAAUUGUCAUCAGAAAAUAUCAUAAAUUGGGAACAGGAUUUAAUCCCAAUACGUUAGAUAAACAGAAAGAAAGGCAAAAAGGUUUGCCAAAACAAGUUUUUGAAUCUGAUGAAGCUCCAGAUGGCAACAACUACCAGGAUGAUCAAGAUGACCUUAAAAGACGUUCAAUGUCAAUAGAUGAUACCCCAAGGGGUAGCUGGGCCUGUAGUAUCUUUGACUUGAAAAAUUCACUUCCUGAUGCUUUGCUUCCCAAUUUACUUGAUCGAACUCCAAAUGAAGAAAUAGACCGUCAGAAUGAUGACCAAAGGAAAUCAAACCGUCACAAAGAACUUUUUGCUUUGCAUCCAUCACCAGAUGAGGAAGAACCAAUAGAACGGCUUAGUGUUCCUGAUAUACCCAAAGAACAUUUUGGUCAAAGACUUCUUGUAAAAUGCUUAUCACUGAAGUUUGAAAUUGAAAUUGAACCCAUUUUUGCAAGUUUGGCUUUAUAUGAUGUCAAGGAAAAGAAAAAGAUUUCAGAAAACUUUUAUUUUGACCUUAAUUCUGAGCAGAUGAAAGGGUUGUUACGUCCACAUGUACCACCUGCUGCCAUUACUACCCUGGCAAGAUCAGCAAUUUUUUCUAUCACUUAUCCUUCCCAAGAUGUUUUUCUUGUAAUAAAGCUAGAAAAAGUCCUACAGCAAGGAGACAUUGGAGAGUGUGCAGAACCAUAUAUGAUUUUCAAAGAAGCAGAUGCCACCAAGAAUAAAGAAAAACUGGAGAAACUGAAGAGUCAAGCAGAUCAGUUUUGCCAAAGACUUGGGAAAUAUCGCAUGCCUUUUGCUUGGACUGCAAUCCAUUUAAUGAAUAUUGUUAGCAGUGCUGGGAGUUUGGAAAGAGAUUCUACAGAAGUAGAAAUCAGUACUGGAGAACGAAAAGGGUCUUGGUCAGAGAGGAGGAAUUCUAGUAUUGUUGGCAGACGAUCACUUGAAAGGACAACAAGUGGAGAUGAUGCUUGUAACUUGACGAGCUUUCGACCAGCUACUCUCACAGUGACAAAUUUUUUUAAGCAGGAAGGAGACCGCUUAAGUGAUGAAGAUCUCUACAAAUUCCUUGCUGAUAUGAGAAGGCCAUCUUCUGUCUUACGGCGACUAAGACCUAUUACAGCUCAGCUCAAGAUAGACAUUUCUCCCGCACCUGAAAAUCCCCAUUAUUGCCUAACUCCGGAGCUGCUUCAAGUGAAGCUUUACCCUGACAGUAGAGUUAGACCUACCAGAGAAAUCUUAGAGUUUCCCGCAAGGGAUGUUUAUGUUCCAAACACUACUUACAGAAAUCUUCUCUACAUAUACCCUCAGAGUCUUAAUUUUGCCAAUCGUCAAGGUUCUGCUAGAAAUAUAACAGUGAAAGUCCAGUUUAUGUAUGGAGAGGAUCCAAGCAAUGCCAUGCCGGUAAUCUUUGGUAAAUCUAGCUGUUCAGAAUUUUCAAAGGAAGCCUAUACAGCCGUAGUAUAUCAUAACAGGUCUCCUGAUUUUCAUGAAGAAAUCAAGGUUAAGCUUCCUGCUACUUUAACUGACCAUCAUCACUUGCUUUUUACUUUUUAUCAUGUUAGUUGUCAACAAAAACAAAAUACUCCUCUUGAAACACCAGUUGGAUAUACAUGGAUACCAAUGCUUCAGAAUGGACGGUUGAAGACUGGCCAGUUUUGCUUGCCAGUCUCAUUGGAAAAACCACCACAGGCUUAUUCUGUACUGUCUCCUGAGGUUCCUCUACCUGGCAUGAAAUGGGUAGAUAAUCACAAAGGUGUUUUUAAUGUUGAAGUUGUUGCUGUUUCAUCUAUCCAUACACAAGAUCCUUAUCUUGACAAAUUUUUUGCUCUGGUCAAUGCUCUGGAUGAACACCUGUUCCCAGUCCGAAUUGGGGACAUGCGAAUCAUGGAAAAUAACUUAGAAAAUGAAUUGAAGAGCAGUAUUUCAGCACUGAAUUCAUCCCAGUUGGAACCAGUGGUCCGAUUUCUUCAUCUUCUGCUAGAUAAACUGAUACUUUUAGUUAUUAGACCUCCUGUCAUUGCUGGCCAAAUAGUUAACCUAGGUCAAGCAUCUUUUGAAGCCAUGGCAUCAAUUAUAAAUCGACUUCACAGAAACUUGGAAGGAAAUCAUGACCAGCAUGGCAGAAACAGCCUUCUUGCAUCAUAUAUUCAUUAUGUUUUCCGCCUACCAAAUACUUACCCUAAUUCAUCAUCACCAGGUCCUGGGGGUUUGGGAGGAUCAGUGCAUUAUGCCACAAUGGCUAGAUCUGCGGUGAGACCUGCAAGCCUUAAUUUAAAUCGUUCUCGAAGCCUUAGUAAUAGCAAUCCAGAUAUAUCUGGGACUCCCACGUCACCAGAUGAUGAAGUUCGAUCAAUCAUCGGGAGUAAGGGUUUAGAUCGCUCCAAUUCCUGGGUUAACACUGGUGGUCCAAAAGCUGCCCCAUGGGGAUCCAACCCCAGUCCAAGUGCAGAAUCAACACAGGCUAUGGAUCGAAGUUGUAAUCGUAUGUCUUCGCACACAGAGACGUCAAGUUUCUUACAAACAUUAACGGGACGCUUACCAACUAAAAAGCUUUUUCACGAGGAGCUGGCUUUGCAGUGGGUUGUUUGCAGUGGCAGCGUUCGGGAAUCAGCUUUGCAACAAGCCUGGUUCUUUUUUGAAUUAAUGGUAAAGAGCAUGGUGCACCAUUUAUACUUUAAUGAUAAACUUGAGGCUCCAAGGAAAAGUCGUUUUCCAGAACGUUUCAUGGAUGACAUUGCAGCUCUUGUCAGCACGAUUGCUAGUGAUAUAGUUUCACGAUUUCAGAAGGACACAGAAAUGGUUGAGAGACUCAAUACAAGCCUUGCAUUCUUUCUCAAUGAUCUGUUGUCUGUUAUGGACAGAGGAUUUGUUUUUAGCCUUAUAAAGUCCUGCUAUAAACAGGUAUCUUCAAAGCUUUACUCAUUACCGAAUCCGAGUGUUCUGGUGUCCUUGAGGCUGGAUUUUCUACGAAUCAUCUGCAGUCAUGAGCACUAUGUUACAUUAAACUUACCCUGCAGCUUACUUACUCCACCUGCAUCUCCAUCACCUUCUGUUUCUUCUGCAACAUCUCAGAGUUCUGGAUUUUCUACGAAUGUACAAGACCAAAAGAUUGCAAAUAUGUUUGAAUUGUCCGUGCCUUUCCGCCAACAGCAUUAUUUGGCAGGACUUGUGUUAACAGAGCUGGCUGUCAUUUUAGACCCUGAUGCUGAAGGACUGUUUGGAUUGCAUAAGAAAGUCAUCAAUAUGGUACACAAUUUACUCUCCAGUCACGACUCAGACCCGCGGUACUCUGACCCUCAGAUAAAGGCUCGAGUGGCCAUGUUGUAUCUACCUCUGAUUGGUAUUAUCAUGGAAACUGUACCUCAGCUGUAUGAUUUUACAGAAACUCACAAUCAACGAGGAAGACCAAUUUGUAUAGCCACUGAUGAUUAUGAAAGUGAGAGCGGAAGUAUGAUAAGCCAGACCGUUGCCAUGGCAAUCGCAGGGACAUCGGUCCCUCAACUAACAAGGCCUGGCAGUUUCCUCCUCACGUCAACGAGUGGCAGGCAACACACUACCUUUUCAGCAGAAUCAAGUCGAAGCCUUUUGAUCUGUCUACUUUGGGUUCUCAAAAAUGCAGAUGAAACAGUUCUACAGAAGUGGUUUACAGAUCUCUCAGUCUUGCAGCUAAACCGGCUAUUGGAUCUACUUUAUCUCUGUGUGUCUUGCUUUGAGUAUAAAGGGAAAAAAGUGUUUGAACGAAUGAAUAGCUUGACCUUUAAGAAAUCAAAAGACAUGAGAGCAAAGCUUGAAGAAGCUAUUCUUGGGAGCAUAGGUGCCAGGCAAGAAAUGGUACGGCGAAGCCGAGGACAGCUCGGUACGUACACAAUAGCUUCUCCUCCUGAGAGAAGCCCAUCUGGAAGUGCCUUUGGAAGUCAAGAAAAUUUGAGGUGGAGAAAAGAUAUGACUCACUGGCGUCAAAACACAGAGAAGCUUGACAAAUCAAGAGCAGAGAUUGAACACGAAGCACUGAUUGAUGGAAACCUGGCUACAGAAGCAAACCUAAUCAUUUUAGAUACAUUAGAGAUUGUUGUUCAGACCGUUUCUGUAACGGAAUCCAAAGAGAGCAUUCUUGGUGGAGUGCUAAAAGUGCUACUACACAGCAUGGCCUGUAACCAAAGUGCAGUUUAUCUACAACACUGUUUUGCUACACAGAGAGCCUUGGUUUCAAAGUUUCCUGAACUCUUAUUUGAAGAAGAGACAGAGCAGUGUGCUGAUUUAUGCCUCAGGCUUCUCCGACACUGUAGCAGUAGCAUCGGUACAAUACGGUCACACGCCAGUGCCUCCCUUUACCUACUAAUGAGGCAAAACUUUGAGAUUGGGAAUAACUUUGCCAGGGUUAAAAUGCAGGUAACAAUGUCGCUAUCCUCCUUGGUGGGCACAUCUCAGAAUUUUAAUGAAGAAUUCUUAAGACGUUCUCUAAAGACUAUAUUGACAUAUGCUGAAGAAGAUCUGGAAUUGAGGGAAACAACAUUUCCUGAUCAGGUCCAGGAUCUGGUUUUCAAUCUCCAUAUGAUUCUUUCUGAUACUGUGAAAAUGAAGGAACACCAGGAGGAUCCUGAAAUGUUGAUUGAUCUAAUGUACAGAAUUGCCAAGGGUUACCAGACCUCUCCAGAUCUGCGAUUGACCUGGUUGCAGAACAUGGCAGGCAAGCACUCAGAACGAAGCAAUCAUGCUGAAGCUGCACAGUGUCUAGUCCACUCAGCAGCACUUGUUGCUGAAUAUUUGAGCAUGCUGGAGGACCGGAAAUAUCUUCCUGUGGGAUGUGUAACAUUUCAGAAUAUUUCAUCUAAUGUUUUAGAAGAAUCUGCGGUCUCAGAUGAUGUGGUAUCUCCAGAUGAAGAAGGUAUCUGCUCUGGAAAAUACUUUACUGAGUCAGGACUUGUGGGAUUACUGGAACAAGCAGCUGCUUCCUUCUCUAUGGCUGGCAUGUAUGAAGCAGUUAAUGAGGUUUACAAAGUACUUAUUCCUAUUCAUGAAGCUAAUCGGGAUGCAAAGAAACUAUCCACAAUUCAUGGUAAACUUCAAGAAGCAUUCAGCAAAAUUGUUCAUCAGAGUACUGGCUGGGAGGAUGGUAAGCGGAUGUUUGGCACCUAUUUUCGUGUUGGUUUUUAUGGAACCAAGUUCGGGGAUUUGGAUGAACAAGAAUUUGUUUACAAGGAGCCUGCAAUAACCAAACUUGCAGAGAUAUCUCACAGAUUGGAGGGAUUUUACGGAGAAAGAUUUGGAGAGGAUGUGGUUGAAGUAAUCAAAGACUCUAAUCCUGUAGACAAGUGUAAAUUAGAUCCUAACAAGGCAUAUAUUCAGAUUACCUAUGUGGAGCCAUACUUUGACACAUAUGAGAUGAAGGACAGAAUCACCUAUUUUGACAAAAAUUACAAUCUUCGUCGAUUCAUGUACUGUACACCCUUUACUUUAGAUGGCCGUGCCCAUGGGGAACUUCAUGAACAAUUCAAAAGGAAGACCAUUCUGACUACGUCUCAUGCCUUUCCUUAUAUUAAAACAAGGGUCAAUGUCACUCAUAAAGAAGAGAUCAUCUUAACACCAAUUGAAGUUGCUAUUGAGGACAUGCAGAAAAAGACACAGGAGUUGGCAUUUGCAACACAUCAGGAUCCCGCAGACCCCAAAAUGCUUCAGAUGGUACUCCAGGGAUCUGUAGGCACAACAGUGAAUCAGGGGCCUUUGGAAGUUGCCCAGGUUUUUCUGUCUGAAAUACCUAGUGACCCAAAGCUCUUCAGACAUCAUAAUAAACUGCGACUCUGCUUUAAAGAUUUUACUAAAAGGUGUGAAGAUGCCUUAAGAAAAAAUAAGAGCUUAAUUGGGCCGGAUCAAAAGGAGUAUCAAAGGGAACUGGAGAGAAACUAUCAUCGCCUUAAAGAGGCCCUACAGCCACUGAUCAACAGAAAGAUCCCUCAGUUAUACAAGGCAGUAUUGCCUGUCACCUGCCACAGAGAUUCCUUCAGUCGAAUGAGCCUUCGCAAAAUGGAUCUCUAAACUGAAUGCACUUGUUUUAUUCAUCUGCAAAGAGCCAUGUAUUCAACAUCGAGUGUGAAAAGAUCUAUUGGAAAACAACAUGGAAUGGAAUUCUGGAAAUUAUUAUUCAUUGAAGAAUGCAGUGGCCAAGAAAAUAUCAAAUGUAGAUUGUUAACGCUUGAGAAUCAUGGCUAUGGUUUCUAAUGUUCUGGUAACAAGCUGUUAUCUUUUAAGACAUUUUAAUGACUCAAAGGUACACUAUACAUUUACCAUUAUUUAUACCAUAGCUAAGGUUAAAUUUAUUCACUUUAAGUUCGUAUUUUUUAAUUUAUGUUACCAUUUAUAGAUUCAUUUUGGAACCAUUUUAAAUGUAGUAAUGCUUAUUUUAAAGGUACUAUUAAAUAUGUGAAUGUUUACACUAA